AUGCCCUACUCUCAGGUCUUAACGCUCGCCGCCGUACAGCUCUCUGAGAAGGCCAUCACCGAUCGUCUCACACGUGUCCUUGUCUUCCUCAGCGCUGCGGCCGGUAUGCUGUACAAGGCGCUGUGGUACUUCCCGCUGCUGAUGCUCAUCGCUGGCUGUACGGCUGUGGUGUACGAUUUCCGCUGGCUCCACGGGCCUGUCGAGAGAAUUGUCGGCAUUAUCAAGGGUGAGGGUCCCCUGUGGCUGGCUGAAGACAAAUUUGACAACUUGGCCCCCGCUUCCAUCACGGUCAUGCCAUUGGUUUUCGUUGGCAAUGCAUACACCUAUCCAAGUCAACACUACAUGACCCCUACUGGAGUAGUUGACACCCACAACAUGGAAGACGAUCAGUCCCAGGGCCUAGCCGGUCUUGAACAGUAUGAAGACGGAUACCCGCUCGUAUGCAAUACCGGAACGUCACAUGAUCUUAUCAAGUCCAUCGAAGGCAGCCAGAUGGAAGACUUUACUCUCCAGGAUCAUGACGAAUGGGGAUAA